UGUGCUGGUUACACGCGCUGUGCACGUUUUCUUUGCGAUGCUGCCGCGAAUUUUGUGCGUUUCGUUACUGUUCAUGAUCCUGGUGGGAGUCUACGCAAGAAGGCCACUUGGGAUCAGAGAAGCAUUGUUGGCGUUGAAGAAGAAUCCACCCGCGGACAAUAAUUGGUGGAAAACGGCCAUUUUCUAUCAGAUCUAUCCACGAUCGUUCAAAGACAGUGAUGGCGAUGGGAUUGGAGAUCUUAAGGGGAUCAUGGAAAAGUUGCCGUACCUGAAAGAGCUGGGCAUCCAAGGUUUCUGGAUGUCGCCAAUAUUCAAAUCUCCUAUGGCCGAUUUCGGUUACGAUAUUUCUGACUACUACGACAUUCAACCCGAAUAUGGAACGCUGGCUGAUUUCGAUCGGUUGGUCGCGGAGGCCAAAAAACUCGGUCUGAAAGUGAUUUUGGAUUUCGUGCCCAAUCAUUCGAGUGAUGAAAAUGAGUGGUUCAAAAAAUCGGAAAAUGGUGAAGCAGGUUUUGAAGAUUUUUACGUUUGGCAUCCGGGUAGACCUAACCCAGCGGAUCCUUCGAAACCUUUACCGCCUAGCAAUUGGGUGAGUUUCUUCCGUGGAAGCGCCUGGCAAUGGAGCGACAAGCGUAAGGAAUACUACUUGCAUCAGUUCUCGGUGAAACAGCCAGACUUGAACUAUCGCAAUCCGAAAGUCGUUGAGCAGAUGAAGGACGUGAUGCGGUUCUGGUUGAAGCGAGGAGUCGACGGGUAUCGCAUUGAUGCGGUACCGACGCUGUUCGAAAUCGAAGAAGAUGCGGAAGGCAACUACCUCGAUGAACCGUUGAGUGGCAACACAAAUGACCCAAACGAUCCUGGCUACACUAUACAUGUGUACACGCAAGAUCGCAACGAGACGUUAGAUAUGGUUUAUCAGUGGAGGUCAGUGUUGGACGAAUUUCAACGAGAGAAUGGAGGCGAUGCAAGAGUUAUGAUGACCGAGUCGUACUCGAGGAUCGACAUUGUAAUGAAGUACUAUGGCAACGAAACCGUGCCGGGAUCGCACAUUCCGUUCAAUUUCAGGUUCAUAACCGACUUGGGCAAGGACUCGUCAGCUCAGGACAUAGAGAAUACGAUCAAAUAUUGGAUCAGCAACAUGCCCACCACGAAAGGACUGGUCGCUAACUGGGUGAUGGGAAACCAUGAUCAACAUCGCGUGGCGAGUCGGUUCGGCGAAAACAAGAUUGAUAUUAUGAAUAUGAUUCUGCUGUCUUUGCCGGGCGUGGGUAUUUCGUACAAUGGCGAAGAAAUUGGCAUGACGGACGUGUGGAUUUCGUACAACGACACGGUAGAUCCAGCGGCUUGCAAUGCCGGCCCCGAUAAGUACCAGUACACAACGAGGGACCCCGAGCGAACACCGUUCCAGUGGGACGACAGCAAGGAUGCAGGAUUUUCAACGGCCAACAAGACGUGGCUUCCGAUGUCGCCCACCUACAAGGAGGUCAACGUGAAAGUCGAACUGGCCGCGAACAAUAGCCACCAGAAGGUCUACCGAAAACUGGCGGCGUUGCGGAGAAGUUGGACAAUGCAGAAAGGUUCGCUCAAGACGGCUGUCGACGGAAACGUGUUGGUUAUUUUCAGAGAGUUGAAGAAUUUCGAUACCAUUGUUACAUUGGCUAACGUGGGAGGUUCACAGCAGACUGUAGACGUGUCCCGUAUGGGAUAUAUGCCGCUAAAAGGAUUCGGACAGUAUCGUAUCGUAUCGGUGAACUCCGGACAUCAUGAAGGGGAACCCGUUGCCGUCAACCGAAUCGUACUGGAACCAUACGAAUCGAUCAUGAUUAGUGCAACCAGUAACUAUUAUUACUAUGAAGUCAUACCAUCAUUAGGUUAAUUAACCUUGAAUAAGAGCUUCACUUGAUUCUCAAUGUA